GAAGGAGGAGAUGUACCGGAAGCAGUUCCCCGUGUCUAACUUGAGCAAUGCGGAGUCUGCUUGAAGAGGUUUGUUCCCGGGUCCUUGUUCUCCGUUAGUUCUGCUCUUUCCGUCCCGUAGUUCAUCAGAUACAACCGGAGUGAACCAGCAGAGCCCGUAUGUCUGGAUCAACCUGUUUAACUGGACUUUGUGCUCAUUUUCGGGCCGUUUAACCUCAGAAUCAUCUCCGUUAGCCAAGAAUGCUAACUGAAGUUAGCUGCAAAUAGACGGAGACGGAACUCGGCCACACAGCGCUCGUCUCAGGGACUAAUCGAUAGAGAUGAAACUGGAGCCACAAUGUCCAGAUAAACCUGUCUGAAUGGACUCUGUGUUGGUCCCUUUUAGUAGAAAACGUCUGAACUGUCUCCUGGUGUCCUACGAAGCUAAUGAAGUUAGCUUGCUACAGGAAGUAGACGGAGACAGAGGUAACCUAGCAACACAGCUCGUGUCAGAGUGAGCUCACCGUUUUUAACGGAGUGUGUCUGGAGGACACGGUACUGGGAUUUAGUGAAGAUGUCUAAAGUUGAAAUGCUGAGAGCUUUUGUGAACCAGCGACUAACUGCGGCUGCUGAUGAGAUAUUUGAGCUGUUUGAAAGGACGAUAGCAGAGUACGAGGAGGAACUGGAGUUCAGUUCAGGCCUGUUGCACAGAGCAGAUGUUCAGCAGCUGUUGGUGGUUAACGAAGAGGUUUCCCCUGAGCAGCAGGAGUGGAGCCCCAGUCUGGACCAGGAGGACCCAGAGGCCCCACACAUUAAAGAGGAGCAGGAGGAACUCUGGACCAGACAGGAGGGAGAGCAGCUUCAAUGGCUGGAGAAGGCUGAUAUCAAGUUCCCUUUCACUUCUGUCCCUGUGAAGAGUGAAGAUUAUGAUGAUGAUAAAGAAAAAGCUCAGUCCUCACAGCUCCAUGAAAGUCAAAGUGAGGAGAACAGAGUGGCCGAGAGAACAGAAGCUGAUGGAGAUGACUGUGGAGGACCAGAACCAGCCAGGAACUCAAAUCCAGAUACUCCUUUACAACCAGCUGCUCAUGACAAGACUUCACACUACUCAGAAUCUGAGACUGAUGACAGCAGAGAUUGGGAGGAGACUAAGGAACUCCAGUCAGGUUUAAAUCCUCUGCAAAACAAUGAAGUACCUGUAAGUGAUCUGGAAUAUAAUACUGGAAAAACAUCAGUUAGCUCCUCUGAAUAUGCUGGAAGCUUUGGACAUGGGGGACAUCUGCAGAGACACACUGGAGUCCAAACAGGAGUGAAACCAUUUAGUUGCUCAGUGUGUAGCAAAGGAUUUGCCGACCAUAGUCUUCUUAGACGACACUUGACUAUCCACUCAGGGGAGAAACCAUUUGGUUGUUCAGUUUGUAGUAAAAGAUUCGCAGACCGUAGUAAUCUGAAACGACACUUGACUGUCCACACAGGGGAGAAACCAUUUAGUUGUUCAGUUUGUAGUAAAAGAUUUGCACGAAAGGGACAUCUGAGACAACACUUGGCUGUCCACACAGGAGAGAAACCAUUUAUUUGUUCAGUUUGUAGUAAAAGAUUUGCAGACCAUAGUAGUCUGAGACAACACUUACCUGUCCACACAGGGGAAAAACCAUAUAGUUGCUCAGUUUGUAGUAAAAAGUUCGCAAGAAGGGGACAUAUGAGACAACACUUGGCUGUCCACACAGGGGAGAAACCACUGAGGCCAAAACUUGGUGCAACACUGAUUAGCUAAAAACUGUCAGAAGGCUGAUACAGACUCUAAAAUAAGCCUUUUCAGCUAAGAUGAAGCUACACAACCAUUGUUAGAGAUGCCCCGAUCACACCUUUUUACCGCCAAUACCGAUUGCCGAUCGUCGAUGAGCCAUAUUGGCCGAUACGAUCACUUUGUUUUUUUUGUUAACGACUAAUUCAUCAAUUAUUUGAAUU